UUUUAAUAUACUUUCAUAUUUUAAAAAGUAGUUUUUCAAGCAUACUUACACUGAAACAAAAUCAUGCACACAGAUAUGGAGACGCACAUAGAUACACACAAAAUCUCCUGUAGGGCUGAAAUGCAAGUGGAUAGUUCAUUUGCCUCCAUAGAAUUUAUAUUUGGAAGCAGAGAUCCCAAUGAGCUGACAGGUCCCUGGAAUGCCCAUCCGGAGUGCCCAUCCCUGCACUGGAGUUAUGUCUAAUGCUCAUUCUUACACAUGACCUCCUUUUCACUCCAGUUGGCCUUGCGCUGUUACUUUCUGCUGCUCCAGUGGGCUGAGUGCAUGAGCAGCAUGCAAGGGAUGGCAGAGAGAAAAAUCAGAGGUGGCUGCUUGUGGAGUGACACACCCCCUGUUAUUUGGUGUCUGGACGUCAGCAAGUGGGGAGGGAGAAAGAUUGGAAGUGCUUCUAGCUCAGUGACUGUCAGCCCAGUGUAGCAGCAGCAGCACAAGGAGAGGGGGAACACACAGAAGGAUAAUAUCACAUUAGAGUUUGUGCAUGCAACAGACUGCUGAGCGCAUCACUACAAGUAGCAACAACAAGAAUGGCUGCAACAGGUCAACCGGCAGAACGGGGAAUGUACUUUAAGACACAUCAUUAAUUUGAUGGAUGCACCCCUAUUAUAUCAUAUGAUAUAUGAAGGCUUGAAGAGGAAAAUGCUUUCCAGCAGCAGCCAAGCUACAGACCUGCCAGGCAAAGGAGCCUAUUAGCAAGCCCGGCACUGUGAGGAUUGUUGGGCUGUAGCUUUUUGUUCAGCCAACCUGUAGCUGAGGUGAGAAUCCGGAUCCCCAUACUAACAGUGACCAGGGGAGGGGGCUGGUCUCCGCUUGAACUGGGAGACAUGACUGUGGUUUCAGGAGAUAAUGUGGAUGAGACGCUGGUGUCCCUGGGUGCUCUGGGUCAGGAGGGUUAUGAUGCAGACAGAGCCAACCAGGACUGUUGUGAGAGGGUGGUCAUCAACAUCUCUGGCCUUCGGUUUGAGACCCAGUUGAGGACCCUGUCUCAAUUCCCCAAAACCUUGCUUGGAGAUCCGAGGAAAAGGAUGCGCUUUUUUGACCCCUUAAGGAAUGAAUACUUUUUUGAUCGCAACCGGCCGUCUUUCGAUGCCAUAUUGUACUAUUACCAGUCAGGAGGAAGGCUCCGUAGACCAGUCAAUGUCCCCGUUGACAUCUUCUUGGAAGAAAUCAAGUUCUAUGAACUGGGACAGGAAGUGAUUGAAAUAUUUCGGGACGAUGAAGGGUUUAUCAAGGAAGAAGAGCGACCUUUGCCUGAGAACGACUUCCAGAAGCAGGUCUGGUUGCUUUUUGAAUACCCUGAGAGCUCAGGACCUGCCAGAGGCAUUGCUAUUGUCUCUGUCCUAAUCAUCCUCAUCUCCAUAGUCAUCUUCUGCUUGGAAACUCUCCCUGAAUUCAGGGAGGAAGCCAGGCAGGCUAGUGGGCAAACUGCGGUCAAUGGCACGCGCACAUUCAGCAACAGCCCCUUCACUGACCCUUUUUUUCUCACUGAGACACUGUGCAUUAUCUGGUUCUCCUUUGAGCUUCUGGUGAGGUUCUUUGCUUGCCCAAGCAAGCCAGCUUUCUUCAAGAACAUGAUGAAUGUUAUUGACAUUGUGGCCAUAAUCCCAUAUUUCAUCACCCUCGGCACUGAGCUGGCUGAGCAACAGGGCAGCAAUGGGCAGCAGGCAAUGUCCUUGGCUAUUUUGAGGGUCAUCCGCCUGGUACGAGUCUUCAGGAUAUUUAAACUCUCCAGGCAUUCCAAAGGACUCCAGAUCUUAGGAAAGACACUUCAGGCCAGCAUGAGGGAAUUGGGGCUUCUCAUAUUCUUCCUCUUUAUCGGUGUCAUUUUGUUCUCCAGUGCAGUUUAUUUUGCAGAGACAGAUGACCCUGAAUCAUUGUUCACAAGCAUACCUGAUGCGUUCUGGUGGGCUGUUGUGUCCAUGACCACUGUUGGCUAUGGAGACAUGUACCCUAUGACCAUAGGCGGAAAGAUAGUGGGAUCUCUAUGUGCCAUAGCUGGGGUAUUGACCAUUGCCUUGCCAGUUCCUGUUAUAGUAUCAAAUUUUAACUAUUUCUACCACAGGGAGACUGACCAUGAGGAGCAGUCCCAAUACACCCAUGUGACAUGUGGCCAACAACCAUCCUCCUAUGGAGAACUAAAAAAGAGUGAGAGCAAGCAGUCAUUUAACAGAUCAGACUUCAUGGAAUCAGAGGAAUUAGAUGACAUGAGAUAUGGCCACUACACUGCAAACCAACACUAUGCAGAACCCAAAAAGCUAACAGAUGUAUGACCUGUUGUUGUUCAGAUCUUGAUUUUCUUCUAGAUGGGCCAAACAGGUGAGCGAGUACAAAGUACUGUCCAAUAGCUUGGCUCUGAAAAGCAUACAGCUGUUCAAGGUGUUAGAGUUUAUAGCAGCAGAGGGGAAGCUAACUGUGGAGCGUGGCAUACUGUUGGGUGACUGUGAUAUGUGCUCCAUCAAGAUCUUAAACAAAUACAAAUAAUAACAAUACCCCAACAUAUCUACCUUACAAACCAAGGCAACUGUAUGAAUGAAAUAGUUCUGCCCCUCCAGUACAGGGACUAUCCUGUGUGAUUUGCUUGGCACUGGGUGAAGACGCCGAAGGAUUAGUAUUUCUCAUGGAAUAUAAUUCAACCAAUUCCAUGCCUGCUGCAUCAUUUCUAUGGUAUUAACAGCUAGCAAUGGAUAUAUGCAACGGUGCCAUGUCUUUUGUACAGUGGAAACCCUGCUUAACAACAGUAUGUUCUAUCAAGGACUGAAGAACAGCUGUGAUUGAGAGCCAACAAAUACAAACAACAACGUAGUUCCCAUUUGGAUACCCCUGGCUCGGUCUUGACCCUCUACAUGGAUGGGUGUUUUGUGGGUUCUUAUUUAAAAGCACUUUAUAGCGACACAUUCAUUCAUGGAAACUCCCCACACCCAAAAAGUAGGCAACAAAAUCUUUAUUGGUUCAUAAUCUCACCUCAAUGUAGAAGCAUCUGCAAUUUUUUGCACAUAUAUUUUUUUGUUUACAUCGAUGCCGGUGCUGGCAUUCAAACCUUUCCCUUGGCUGCUGGAGAUUCCAGAACUUCUCUCUAGCUGGGAAAGGGUCACUUUAGUUGGAAUAUAUUCAAAUUAUUUUUUAUUUUAGCUACCAAAUAUUCACAUUUGUAAGUGCCUUCACGUGCAAGGUAAAAAUCCAGGGCGUAUUAUGUUCAGUUAUUUCAUGAAUUUACUAUGUAUUGUAUUCAGAGCUGUCUUUAGUAGUGGCCAAAACAGCACAGUAUUUAUGUAGGAGGGCAAGUUGAGCAAGAGUUACUAUCUUUCCCUACUGUUUACAUAUUGCCUAGUAGAACAUCGUAGAACAGGAUGGAGACGGCAGGGCAAGAUGGAGACAUUAUCUCUCUGUCUUCUGCAAUAUCUACCAUCUGCCACUCUCUUCCUACCUGUUCCUCACCUUUUGCACACUCUUUAACAGCAGGCAAAACAGCACAGUAUUUAUGUAGGAGGGCGAGUUAAGGAAGAGUUACUAUCUUGCCCUACUGUUUACAUAUUGCCUAAUAGUACAUAGUAUAACAGGAUGGAGAUGUCAGGGCAAGAUGGAGAAAUUAUCACUCUAUAUGCUGUGACCAUCUUUUUCUACAAUACCUACCAUCUGCCACUCUCUUCCUACCUGUUCCUCAUCCUUUGCUCACUCUCACAGCAGGCAAAACAGAACAAUAUUUAUGUAGGAGGGCAAGUUGAGCAAGAUUUGCCUCUUGCCCUACUGUUGACAUCUUGUCCUAACAUAGUAGAAAACGAUGGAGACAGAAGGGCAAGACUACGACAUUAUCAUUCUAUGUUCUCUGGCCAUCUUGCUCUACUGUACCUACCUCAACUGUUCAUUGGGACUUUAGGCAGUUACCCCCUAUAAAGGCAACUCUGAUGGAUAUAACAUUAAGACACUUUAAUGAAUAUGGACUGUGACUUUUUCAAAUGGACUUGUAGAAUAGAUGUAUUAAGGUCAACACAGUCCUCUGUAUAUAUCAAAAUAAAGUCAAUGGAAUCUUUAAAUUAUGAUGAAUUCAGUGGUUCCCAGAUCAAUGAUCCCUAAUAGACUGUGUUCUAAAGAUAACCGAGUCCUUUAGUCAGGUGAUGCCCUAUUGCACCCCUGAUGCACAGUGACUGGUGAGUUAUGCUGUAACAGUUUCAUUUAAAUAAAAAGCUAUAUAUGGGAACCAAUAGAUUGCUAUAUUCAUAUCAAGGAAACCAUUUGUUUUGCUCUACUUUCACUGUGUUUUUAUAGGUGCCUAGUAUUUUUUUUUCACGUCCCUUGGGGAAAAAAAAUACUUAAUCGUACUCCCAUUUAAGGAGAUGGGGGAAUGCUGCUUAAGUAAAAGGGAAAUGCCAUACUUCAUACUGCAGAGUGUUAUAUUGUCUUUAGUUCGACAUCUACAUGCAAAGAUUAGGAAUAAAUGCAUGUUAUUUAUCAUUGUCCUUUUCUUCUUAAUUUUUUAAGCCAUGGAACAUACACUUUAUUGGGUUACUGGGAAUGAUGUAUAAAUAUAGACCAUUAAAAUAUGUGUUUAUAAAAUA